AAAACAAAAGAGGAUAGGCAAGUAUUGAUAUUCGUGCCAAGCUCAGCUGAGACCCGAGUACUUCCCCAAUCCAAAUUCGAAGAGAGAAAACAGUGACGAUGUCGACGGACUUCGAUCCUGAGAAAUUCUCUACUCUCAAAUAUCCCGAGUUGUCGUACACUUAUUCCGAGAGAGAUGUAGCUCUCUAUGCAUUAGGUGUUGGAGCUUGCGCUAGGGAUGCGGUAGAUGCUGAUGAACUUAAAUAUGUUUAUCAUGAGAAUGGGCAGAAAUCUAUCCAGGUGUUGCCAACAUUUUCUGCUCUGUUUUCGCUCGGAAGUCUCAAGUUUCAUGUGCCAGGAUUGGAUUUUGAUCCACGCCUUUUGCUGCAUGGACAGCAAUACAUAGAAAUUUACAAGCCACUACCAUCAAGCGCUUCUCUAAACAAUACGGUGAGUCUUGCUGGACUCCAUGAUAAAGGAAAAGCUGCCGUUGUUGAGAUGGAAACAAAAAGUUAUGAUAAAGAAUCUGGUGAAUUGUUAUGCAUGAAUCGGACAACUGUUUUUCUGCGAGGCGCUGGUGGCUUCUCCAAAUCAUCUCAUCCAUUUUCAUAUUCAAACUAUCCAAAGAACCAGGGAUCCUCCGUGAAAAUUCCAAAAAGUCAACCUUUUGCAGUUUUUGAAGAUUGUACACUACCAUCUCAGGCUUUGCUGUAUAGGCUAUCUGGGGACUAUAAUCCUCUGCAUUCGGAUCCCAAUAUUGCAAAAGUUGCAGGAUUCACGCUGCCAAUACUCCAUGGGUUGUGCACACUAGGAUUUGCAGUCAGGGCAAUCAUCAAAUGUAUAUGCCGAGGAGAUUCAAAUAUGGUGAAAUGCAUUUCAGGCCGAUUCUUAUUACAUGUUUACCCUGGUGAAACAUUGGUCACUGAAAUGUGGCUCGAAGGGUCCAGGGUAAUAUAUCAAACAAAGGUGAAAGAACGAAGCAGAGCAGUGCUGGCUGGCUAUGUGGAUCUCCACCGUUUAUCUUCGUCCUUGUAAACCACUUGGUUUCAAUCCAUUUGUAUUAAUAAGCGUAUUGAAGCAUUGUUUGUAUAAGAAAGAACAAGGAAAGAAUAGCAAUAAGCAAAGCCUGUAUUAUGUC